AGCUAGCAGGGCCUUCCCGCUUCCAUCCCGCAGCCGCAGGUGGCGGCGGCAUGAGCGUGGGGAGGAGCAACCGCUACAGCAUCGUGUCGUCGGAGGAAGAGGGCCUGCGUCUGACGACCAUGCACGGCGCCAACGGUUUGGGCAACGGCAAGAUCCCCACGCGGCGCAAGUGCCGCAGCCGCUUCGUCCGCAAGAACGGCCAGUGCAACGUGCGCUUUGCCAACAUGGACGACAAGCCGCGGCGCUACAUGGCCGACAUCUUCACCACGUGCGUGGAUAUCCGCUGGCGGUGGAUGCUGGCGCUCUUCACCCUGGUGUUCGUGGUUUCCUGGCUGGCUUUCGGCCUGGCCUUCUGGCUCAUCGCCUUGCUGCACGGCGAUCUGGAGAAUCCGGCCGGAGACGACAACUUCACGCCCUGCGUGCUGCAAGUCAACGGCUUCGUGGCCGCCUUCCUCUUCUCCAUCGAGACGCAGUCCACCAUCGGCUACGGCUACCGCUGCGUGACCGAGGAGUGCCCGGCGGCCGUCUUCAUGGUGGUCUUCCAGUCCAUCGUGGGCUGCAUCAUCGACUGCUUCAUGAUCGGCGCCAUCAUGGCCAAAAUGGCCAGGCCCAAGAAGCGGGCGCAAACGCUGCUGUUUAGCCACAACGCCGUCGUCGCCGUGCGCGACGGCAAACUGUGUCUCAUGUGGCGGGUGGGAAACCUUCGCAAGAGCCACAUCGUGGAGGCCCACGUCAGGGCGCAGCUCAUCAAGCCUCGCGUCACCGACGAAGGGGAGUACAUCCCCCUGGACCAAAUCGACAUUGACGUGGGCUUCGACAAGGGCCUGGAUCGCAUUUUUUUGGUGUCCCCCAUUACCAUCCUCCACCGGAUCGACGAGCAGAGCCCCCUUUUCGGGAUCGGCAAGCAGGACCUGGAGACCUCCGAUUUCGAGAUCGUGGUGAUCUUGGAGGGAAUGGUGGAAGCCACGGCCAUGACCACGCAGGCGCGCAGUUCCUACUUGGCCUCCGAGAUCCUUUGGGGACACAGGUUCGAGCCCGUCUUGUUCGAGGAGAACAACCUCUACAAGGUGGAUUACGCUCACUUUCACAAAACCUACGAGGUGCCGUCCACCCCCCGAUGCAGUGCCAAGGACAUGCUGGAGAACAAAUUCCUGGUCCCCGCUUCAAACGCCUUCUGCUAUGAAAACGAGCUGGCUUUCCUCAACCGCGAGGAAGAGGAAGAGGAGCAUGAGGGCGGAGGCGGCGGGAACAUGCCGCUGGCAAACCUCAGUCCGGAUCGCAACGGCCGACACGAGUUUGAACGCUUGCAGGCCAGCCGGACGCUGGAGCAAAGGUCUUAUCGGAGAGAGUCCGAAAUAUGAAAGCUUCUUCUCGGUUCCGGGCUCUCUUGUCGGAGACUCCACAAAAUUCGGAACGAUGCAAAGUGCCAUAGGAAAACAUUGACGCGUGCGAGUACAUUAAGAAAUAAUGCACACAGAUACAUAAAAAAAGACCUUUUCCGUGGGAACUUGAAUCUUUUUUUUCACACGGUCACUUUCCGCGUGUCUUAACGAUUCUAAUGAGCGAUGACAAACUGACAUCGUUGAAUUUAAGGUGUAAAUACUUUUUUUUUUUUUUUUUCAUUCCGCUAUCGUUUGUGUGCCGUCUCGGUUUCGAAAAGCAAAGACUUUUUUUUUCCCCUUUCUCUCCUCACAAUAUUCUUAUCCUUUGCAUCAUGUAAUAGGUAGAAGUUGGGUGACGCAGUCCAAGUUUGCGCACUGCUGCACUGAGAUGAUAUGAGCCAUAAAAAAAAAUUUUAAAAAGGGGGGGGAAUUAUCGCAAGCCACUGAGGACAUUCCAAGUUGUGAUCCGACCAGCAUUAGGUGAGAAGGCAACAUUCAUUAUGUAAAGGGAUUAGAAAAAAAAAACAACAACUUGCCAGAACUCCAAUGCAACAUGCAAUGAAACGAGUCGGGGAUCGCAACUCUUAACCCCAAAUAAGCACCUUAACAUGUAAUUUGUACUUUCAUUUUCAGCAUAAACUGAUACGCUGAACAAAAUAAAAUCAGACUUUUUUUUCACAGCUAAAACCAGAACAAACAAAAAAAAAACCUUUUUUUUCCCAUUAAUCAUAUUUUUCAAAAUGCCGGGGGAUUGCUACAUGGUAUUAAAUUAUUCAGUGAAUUCAAAAUGUUUUGUUUUUUUUGUUGUUUCCUCACUGCUUCUUUUAAAAAUUGUGAAUAUGAAA